UAUCCCAGGUCGACAUCUCUCAGCAGAAACUAGUACUUACAUGUUCAGAGACUUCCGAUCUGGUUCUGGAACAUAUCUCUCUCUUCUGCAAUGGAAAUGGAAUCGCUUCCCAACGGCAACUCAGUCGCCGCCGUGGUCGCGGCGGCAGCCGCUGCAGCAGCGGCGGCUCCGUCGUCCAAGCUAAAUCAAUUAGCGGAGUCGCUGAAGUUGGAGCAUCAGUUCCUUAGAGUCCCCUUCGAGCACUUCAAGAAAUCGAUUCGCGCCAACCAUCGGAUCGUCGAGAAGGAGAUGUCCGCCGUCAUCUCCGGCGUCGCCGACGCCGCUAACGCCGACUUGUCCAGGGACGAAGCCGUUCACCAUCUCAAUUCGCUCGUCUCUAGAUUACAGGGCCUCAAGAGGAAGUUGGAAGAGGGAAGCCGCACAGAGCACUUGCAAGCGCAGAAGUGCAGAGCUCGACUUGAUCACUUAGAAUCAGCUGAUGCUGAUAAUCUAUCUGAAUGGAAUAACACGCGCUUGAAGCGGAUUCUUGUGGAUUACAUGUUGCGGAUGUCAUAUUAUGAUACUGCAAUGAAGCUGGUGGAGAGCAGCAAUUUACAGGAUCUUGUUGAUAUUGAAGUAUUCCAUGAAGCAAAAAGGGUUAUUGAUGCUCUUCAGAAUAAAGAGGUAGCUCCUGCUCUAGCCUGGUGUGCGGAGAACAAGUCCAGGUUAAAAAAGUCCAAGAGCAAAUUCGAGUUUCAGUUGAGGCUCCAAGAGUUCAUAGAGUUGGUACGAGCUGAAAAUAACUUGCGAGCUAUUGCAUAUGCUAGGAAGCACCUUGCACCAUGGGGAGCUACCAAUAUGAAAGAAUUGCAGCGGGUCAUGGCAACACUGGCUUUUAAGAGCAAUACUGAAUGUGCAACAUACAAGGUUUUAUUUGAACCAAAGCAAUGGGAUUACCUGGUGGACCAGUUCAAACAGGAAUUCUGUAGGUUAUAUGGCAUGACUCUUGAGCCUUUGCUGAAUAUAUAUCUGCAGGCAGGCUUGUCUGCUCUAAAAACUCCAUACUGUUACCAAGAUGACUGCACCAAAGAGGACCCUUUGUCACAGGACAGCUUCCGGAAACUUGCCUUGCCAUUACCCUACUCAAAGCAGCAUCACUCGAAGCUUGUUUGCUACAUAACUAAAGAAUUGAUGGAUACGGAGAACCCACCUAUGGUGUUGCCCAACGGUUAUGUCUAUAGCACCAAGGCUCUUGAAGAAAUGGCAAAGAAGAAUGGCGGCCAGAUUACAUGUCCAAGAACCGGUUUCGUCUGCAACUCUUCUGCUCUGGUCAAGGCAUAUAUUUCGUAAACCCACGCACAGAAUUGCCAAGUAAUUCUAAAGUCUCCGUGCGGGUGUCUAAAGGUGUUGGACUUUUAUUCUUCAUUGGUACCAACCAUUCGGUGUUUGAGGUAAUAGUCCAGGGCGAUUCUUCUCAUUCUGUGACUCUUUUGGAGACAGGGCCACAUGUAUAUAGUCUGCAAACUAUCAUUUCUACAAACGUACGGCUGUCACAAUAGCUAAAUAAACCAGAACAUAUUUCAUGAUGUUACGACCCGAACCCUCACAGCUAUGCUCUUAGAACAUUGGUGGUUUGAACGGUUUACAGUGGCAAGGUGGUUUCUUUACUUA